UGAGGCGAAUUCUCUUUUACAGGCCAAGAAGGAAUUUAUUUUCUGAGUUAGCGCUCAAAUUUCAACACAAAAUCGUAUCUUCGCCGUCAAAUAACGCCCCUUCAGGAAUAAACUGUUAUGGAAAGAAAUUAUCAGUCGACCUUCGACGUAUUGUUUGAAUAACCAUCGAGCUGUUUGUUUUCGAGUUGCGUGAGUCUCGCUCGCCGUAGCUGCGCCGGAACCGGAAGUCGAAUCUUUCCUCUUUCAGUCCGUUGAAAGAAAACAUCAACAUUAAGCUCAUCACGAACCCGCCAUAAAACCAAAAGAAGAAGAAGAUCAUCACGAGUCAUGCGCUGAUUCUGUCUGUCCGUGAUCGGCGGCAGAAUGGGCUCAGCACCGGACAGACUCCGCGGGGUGGCGAUCUGGCUGAUUAUCGCCGGACUCGUGCGUCUGUCAGGCGGAGAUGCAGUCGAGGUCGCCGGCCCGUCGGAUCCGGAGCAGGUUCGGACGGCGGUGCUGGGAGCGCCUCAGCCCGCGGAGAUGGAGCAGCUGGCGGGGGAAGCGUGCGCCGAGGGCCGCUGCGAGACCGAGACAGAAGCGCUGCUGUCCGCCGUCACCGGAGAAACCCAGAGCCACAACCUCACCGAGACCGCCAAGACGUACAAAGUCAGCUGCGACAAGCGGAACAUCAGCGGCACCGAGCGCUUCUCGGUGCAGAUCCUCAACGCUUCUCAGGACCUGAUGGAGCUCCUGAAUGCCAACAGCACCGAGUGCUCCUUGGUUCUCUUUUAUACCACGUGGUGUCAGUUUUCGGCAAACCUUGCCCCUCACUUCAACGCCCUGCCGCGAGUCUUUCCCAGCAUGCACUUCCUCGCGCUCGACGCGUCCCAGCACAGCAGGUUGAUCAGUGACGUUCCCUCAUCUCGGUCUGGCCCGCUGAGGGUGUUUCUGUCUUCAUCAGCUGCGUUUCUCUCUCGCUCUGUUCACAGUCUCUCCACGCGCUUCGGCACGGUGGCCGUCCCCAAUAUACUCUUGUUUCAAGGAGCCAAACCCAUGGCCAGGUUCAACCAGACAGACAGAACGCUAGAAACGCUGAGCUCCUUCAUCACAAACCAGACAGGUUUUGAAGCGAGUCCAGAUCAGGCCGUGCUGGAGGAAGACCGCGCCGGACCUCUUCCUGCGGUUCCUGUCAAAGGCAUCGACUGGCUCUUUGUGUUCUCGGUGCUGUUCAUAUCAGGCUUCACUCUGUAUGCUAUCCUCUGCUCAGACAGCAUCCGCUGGCUCAUUCCAGGACAAGACCACGAGCAUCAGGACUAGUCUCUGCUGUGAUCCGAAUGUACAUACUUGCAGAAUAAAUAAGUGUAUGAAUGUAAAGAAUCUGCUCAUA